UAAGCAGUCCCAUGUAGUUCUACAGAGUGAAGUAAAUGUUAACUGCUUUCUCAAAGAACCAUAAGUGGUUGUCUCUAACUUUGAAUGUGUCUUCCUUCAGCGAGUUCCUUUAAUCCGGCUUUACGUAGACAGCUAAAUGGAGGCAAAGAUGUCGGGGAAGAGUUUUCGCGUGAGCGACGGAGACUGGAUUUGUCCUGAUAAAAAAUGUGGAAAUGUCAACUUCGCGAGACGGACGAACUGCAACAGAUGCGGUAGAGAAAAAACAACUGAAGCAAAGAUGAUGAAAGCAGGAGGAACGGAGAUCGGGAAAACCCUUGCAGACAAAAGUCGAGGACUCUUCAGUGCGCACGACUGGCAAUGUAAAACGUGUGGGAAUGUGAAUUGGGCUAGACGGUCAGAGUGUAACAUGUGCAACACUCCUAAGUAUGCCAAACUUGAAGAAAGAACAGGAUAUGGAGGAGGGUUUAAUGAACGGGAGAAUGUGGAGUACAUUGAACGUGAAGAAUCUGAUGGAGAAUAUGAUGAGUUCGGCCGUAAAAAGAAAAAAUAUCGUGGAAAAAGCUCUGGAAGCAAAUCUGCCUCGAAAGAUGAUGAGAAGAAAGUGGUGGAACCCACGAACGAUGAAGACGAGGAUGAUGACGAAGAUGAUGAGGAUGGUGAUCUUUCAAAAUACAAAUUAGAUGAUGACGAUGAGGAGGAUGACGAUGAGGAAGCAGACUUGUCAAAGUACGAUCUUGAUGCGAGUGAAGAGGAGGGCAAGUCCCCGGUGAAAAAGGGCAGCCCCUCUGGCUCAUCACGCUCAUCCUCCCGCUCCUCUGGCUCCAGCUCACGGUCCAGGUCCAGGUCCCGAUCCAGGAGUUCAUCCAGUUCCAGGUCCAGGACUCCCUCAAGCUCUCAGGACCGAGCCCGUUCUCGCAGGUCCAACUCCAGAUCCAGCUCAAGGUCUGGAAAGGGCUCGUCUUCUCCGCGGAAAAGGUCUCGGUCCAGCUCCCCAUCUUCCUCCCCAGAAAGAGGCCAGAAACGGAGUCGUUCCAGAUCCUCAUCUGGAGAGAGGAAAAAAAGGCGGUCUCGAUCUCGAUCGUCCGAAAGGCGGCGUGAAGCUUCCUCAGGAUCCUCUCACUCUGGCUCCCAAUCAUCAAGUUCCAAAAAGAAAUAGGUUCAAAUACUCAGCCCUUCAACAAAUUAAAAAUAAAAUGAGAAAAAAAAAAAAAAACAUUUUAAAAGGAAUACCAAGUAGGUCUUGGUUAAAAUGCAUGUUGUGUUUAAGAAAUACCGAUAAGUUGUUGAUGCUGUUUAAAAUGCCCAAGGAUGGCAAUACAUGCUAGACAUUAUUUACGCUGACAACCUUGGCAUGUUGAUCCUCAUUCUUAGAAAAAGCUGCUUGUUCUCCCGUUUGUCCUGGUUACCAUUUAGGAAAAAAAGAAAUUCCGCCUUCUCCACAAAUCAUGGAUCUCUUGAACAUCUGUUGCAUAUUAUAGUUCUUGUUCAUUUUAGAAAUAAAAUGCAUAGGAAAUUUUAAACGGGCGUAUUUAAAAAAAAAAAGAAGAAAAAAAAGAAAGAGAAAAUCUGGUUCCUGGGGCAAAAAAAAAAGUCUCAAAUGUGAAAUGUAUUUUAAGGCAGAAAUAACCAAAGUCUACUGAUGUUCCGGCAUCUUGGAGCAGAAUCUGCUUCUGACAUGAAAUGCAGAGAAUGAACUAAGAUAUUUCGUCUAUACAUAAGAAUAUUUCUGUUCGUGGUCUUACAAACAUUAAGUAAUGCUAAGUCUGGGACAACCAGUUGUAAAAUUGGGUGAAUUGGAUUUCAUUUACCAGUGCUGUUCUGUAAAAUCGCUGUACUGUGUGAACAUCGUCCUGGGGGUCUGAUGAGUUACUCAGUACUCGUGUUUGAAUUUUUAAGGUAAGUAUUGUUAUUGUUUUGGUUUUGUUUCAUUUUUAACGUUGGUAUUGCCUUUUCACAUACACAAAAACUCACUUAGUAGCCGUGACCGUUAAACUGCAUUUGAGUGCAUACAUGCUCAAAAAUCAGUUGUUUUCAGCCUCUGCAUAUUUCUCAAUAUUAGUUUUGGAACAGAGGUGCUCUGCUUAGCGGGAAUAUUUACACUUUGUGGCCUGUAUUGGAGCCAACCUGUGUCAUAUCCGAGAACUAAAAUUUUGUUGCUCCAUUCCCGUCCCAGUUUUUAAUGUACAAUUGCAGAAUUGCUAUAGGCAGAGUAAGGUAGUUUCAUAACAUAUCUAAUCCUUUUUUUUUUUUUUGUAAUGACAGCAGUGAUAGAAUGUGAUUAACGUGGUCUUCGUUGAUUUAAUUUGUGUCAUAAACCAACAUGUAAAUAAAAUUGUCAACAACCUAA